AAAUAAACAAAAUAUAAAGAGAUUAACGAAAUAAAUGAUCAAAAAAUGAAGCAGCGAAUGAUGUUGGCACAUACAAAAAGAGAGAGGAAUCUAUUUAAAACACCGCCAUCCAGCUAGCGCUUCUUAAUAUAGGAAUUGAGGAGGUUUAAGUGGUCUCUUAGCAGUAUGUUCUUAAUAUAGAUGGGCCCAGAGAUCUUGUACCGUGCAGGGUCGACGUUGCUAUGGUUUGCACUUCGGUGCACAGCCCAGAGCCCGGCUGGGGCGGAAAGCCACAGGGCUGCCAGGAGGCAGCCCAAAACAACAGGGGCUUCUGUGUGGCCUACUGUGUGUCGCUUUGGAAUUUAGUUUCUGGCAUCACUCAAGUAGCGCUGGCGCAUGUGUUUCACGUGCAAACUUGGUGUUUUUACAGGGACGACUGCUGCGACAUUCUGUGCAUGUGCAAGUUUACUUUUUCGGCUACAGAAGAAACCAAAUAUGAAUUCAGACCACAGACAAAUCUCAGAGGACCGCCGAGACUUUCAUUUGCCGAACUGCAUUUUUAGUGUCAUUAAACAAAUAUUUACAGAGAGCGUGCUUGAAAUCCCGAUCAGGUGGGUUUUAAAUAAAUAUUUCAUGCAAGCAGUUUGUAAUCGUUCCCAAUU